CGCUUGGCAUUGCGCUGCUGCGCAGUACGGUGGCCGAGAAAGGGAGAAAUGUGGGCGCGGGUGGUGCGGCUGACCGUUCGGGGUGGACUUGGUGGGCGCCAAGCCUUCGCCACGAAGGCGAAUCCUCAGAGAAGCGGUAGUAUUAAUGCCGAUGUGAUCAAGCACUUGGAGCGUCUAGCGCUUGUGGACUUUGGCAGCCGCGAAGCUGUGGCGCGGCUGGAAAAAGCCAUCGCCUUCGCCGACCGUCUGCGUGCGGUGGACACCGACGGAGUGGAGCCCAUGGAGUCCGUGCUGGAAGACAGAUGUCUCUACUUGAGAUCUGACAAUGUAGCAGAAGGCAACUGUGCUGAAGAACUACUGAAAAACUCCAGUUGUGUCGUGGAGGAAUAUUUUGUGGCACCCCCAGGUAAUAUCUCUUUACCAAAGCUGGAUGAACAAGAGCCCUUCCUACACAGCUAAGUAGCUCUUCUGGAAAGGGGCACAUGGAAGCACCAUGGUGAUAUUUUAAUAUAAACUCUAAAGUCUUUUCUUCAGUCACCUGAAAAAAAUGGAUGCUCAAUCAAGUCUUGAUAACUAACUGUUCCAAAGUUAGAAUUGGCAACUCUAGCCAAAACAUUAUCUUCCUCUACCUUCCUUUAAAAGAUUAUCAAGUGGCAUGUAAGUGAACUUUUCUGUUUAUAUAUUUGACAGAAACAAGCAUCAAAUCACUGUUACAGCCUGAGCUGUCACUGUUAGUUGUUGCCUGCACUAACUUGAGUGAUGUUUUUACCAAACACAAUGUACUUAUAUUUAUUCCUGGGUACCUACUUUAUUCACAGCAGACAGCUAACUUUUUACACUAAGGUCUCAACAGUGCUCAAAUAUUACAGAGCAGGAGCUCCAGUGGCGCAAUCGGUUAGCGCGUGGUACUUAUACAAAUAUUACAGAGCUAUCCUCCAUCCCACAAAGUGAUUAUAUGCAAAUGGAACAACACCUAUAGUUUCUCUUUCUGAAAAGAGAACUUAGCAUAAAAAUAGCCCUGAGCCUGUUUUCAGCCACCUUCCCUUUUUCUUUAAGGCAAUUUAAUUUACAAAGUCAGGCUUAAAUUAUAAGGAAAAAUCUUAGACUUGCCAUUGGAGUUGAAAUUCUUGAGCCACCACUAGAACUGACAUCUCCAAGUAAAAUUAUACAUUUCUGUUCUUACAAACUGGGUACAAGCUGCUAUGAAAACUCAAUGAUUUUUUUUAAACUAGUGUUAUCUGUUAAGUAAAACCUAUAUACUUAAUUAAGGACAACCACACAUGUCAAUUACUAAACGUUUAAAAUAUAUUUCUAAACAGAAUGGGCCAACUCAGUCACAGUAGCUGCUGUUCUCCAUAGCAGAGCAACCCACAAAGACAAAGCACUGAUUUUUUCCCCCAUAAUCAGGGGUGAAAAAUAUACAACUUGUUUCUGAACCAAAACCACAAUGCCUGCAGUUUAAAACAUUUCACUGCUAAUAUGGCCCUGGUAGAAAUUAUGUAUUUUUUCCUUAAAAAAAAAUUUUAAAAAA